UACGUCCGUAGACUGGAGGUCUGAAGAUGGCGGAGGUGGAUUUCGGGGAUAACGAGCUGUUUGAGCAGUUGGAGGAUGAGCCCGCUCCUCAGGCCGUUCACGUACGGUUUGACCAGGCCGAGGACAGCGAGGGGGCGUCCAGUAGCUUUCAGGAGCAGCUCGCCCGAUGCGAGGAGACCGUAGUUCAGCUGCGGGCAGAGAAUCAGGAGCUCAGGAGAAAGCUGGCCGUGCUCUCUAGGCCAAGUGGCUUAUCCGUGGAUGAGAAGUUUGAUGGACCGCUAUUACAGAUCUUAUUUAUGAACCAUGUCGUUUCAAAGCAGUACCAUCAAGAAAUUGAAGAUUUUGUUUCAAGCCUUGUCCAGAAGUAUGAAGAAGAAAAGAGCACUAAUCUUGAAAAGACAACAUUUAAUAUUAAGCCUCAGCCAUCAAGCAUUUCUUUGGAGGCCAGUGAUAGUUCUAGUGUGAAUGUCAUUAAGAAAAUUAAGGAAGCCUUUAGUGUUGUGGGAAGUGUUCUUUAUUUUACUAAUUUCUGCCUUGACAAGCUUGGGCAGCCCUUGCUGAAUGAGAACCCCCAAUUAACUGAUGGAUGGGAGAUACCAAAAUAUCCACAAGUUUUUGGUCAGAUAUUGUCUUUAGAUGGCCAAGAAGUACAAGUAAAAGCAAAAAGACCUAAACCAUGCUGCUUCAAUUGUGGUUCAGAGGAGCAUCAGCUAAAAGAUUGUCCUAAACCUCGAGAUUCUGUGCAUAUUGGCAUGAAAAGAAAGGAGUUUAUGGACUCCUGCGCUGAAUCUGGCAACCAGAACUACCAGCAGCGUUAUCAUGUCGAAGAAGUAGCAGAGAGGUUUGGACAGUUUAAACCUGGGCUUAUUAGUGAGGAGCUUCAAGAGGCUCUAGGAAUUUCUGAUCGGCAUAUUCCUCCAUUUAUAUAUCGAAUGCGUGAACUGGGCUACCCACCAGGUUGGCUGAAAGAUGCUGAGCUAGAGAAUUCUGGUCUGUCUCUUUAUGAUGGAAAAGACACUAGCGAUGGGGAGAUUGCAGAAGAAGCAUUUCUAAAGAAACAGCAGGUAUCUUAUGAUGCAUCGAAAUUAAUCAGCUUUCCAGGAUUUAAUACACCACCACCACCCGGGGUUUUAGAUGACUGGAGGAAUUUGGGCUCAAUGCCAAUGCAACCAGACCACCAAAAAGAAGUUUUUGCACAUUACUUGUCUUCUAAUUUUCCUGAUCCAAGAGAUAUUACAGUCCAGAAAAGAUCAUCUUCAUCUCAAUCAAGCUCUUUGAGAAAAAAACUAAAGACAUCUGGAAAUGGCAAUGGACAGUCACCUGUGGAUAUGGAUGUAGCGUCCGAUCUUGAUGCAUCUUACUGCUCUCCUUCUCGUGGGUUUAAGUUUCAGCCUCCUCUUCCCCCUGGCUCUCCAUAUAAUACUCCACCACCACUACCUCGUGGAACCCCUCCUUCAACUCCUCCACAUUUUAUACCCCCACCUCCACCAACACCAACUCCCCCACCACUUCCAAAAGGAACACCUCCACCAACUCCUUCUAGAGGCUCCCCACUACUUCAGCCUUUGCAAGCCAAGGUGGUAGAUUCCAUGGAUGAAGACACUUUGACUUUGGAAGAGCUGGAAGAACAACAGCGUUUAAUCUGGGCAGCUCUGGAAAAUGCAGAUAGCACAAACAGCGAUUCAGAUGUUCAUACACCAAUAAAUGGUAAUUCUGUUUCCUCUUCCCCAAGCAGAGUUGAAAGGGACAGUAUCACAGAGGGGAAGAUUACUUGCCGAAAUAUUGUUAAAGCAUCAAAGUCUCCUGAUCUUCCAAUGGAAUCAGUUGGUCAAGAAUCUAAUGAAGAUGUCCCUCUGACUACUCAAGAGGAAGAAUCCUCUAACAAAGAACCCAAUGGGAAUGCUGAUGUCCAGGAGACGGUUGUUACUGAGCCCAGUGACUCUAAUGAUGAGAACAAGAAGACUUCUGUAGAAACAGAGGAGGCUACAUGUGUUGACCCGUCUUCUACCAGUACUAGAAUUCCAGAUCGGAGUAAGUUUGCGGAAGGUAUUACGCCAUUUGAAUAUGACAACAUGUCAGAGUCAACGGGCGUUUACCUUCGCCUUAGAAGCGUCUUGAAAAAUUCCCCUCGAAACCAGCAAAAAAAUAAUUUGGGGAUGUAACAAAAUUCUUAUGUGAGGACUUUGAUUUUUAUUUUAUUUUUUCCUUCGAAAUAUUUGUAUGUCCCUUUUUGAUCAUCCAGUUUAUUGGAAGAGAGCAUUCAUAUAGAUGUACAGCAGUUUAUAUAAGCAGAAGUUAUAUGUGCAUUUUUAUCAGCUCCAUUACUGAUGAGUAUUAAGAAACCCACUGCCAGUUAGCUGGGUCUUUUGAGGUAUUGAAUUUUGUAUAGAAGUUAAAAAGAUAUGAAACAUGCCUCCCUAAAAGAAAGUUUAAGUCCUAUUUCAUUGUUUGUAAGGGAUUAUGUAGGCUUAUGAUUCUGAACUCAAAUUGCCUAUGUCGGCAAUAUAUUUUUCUUUGUUCUGAUUUUUACAUUUUACUGGGUUUUGUUAAUGUGUUCGGUUUCUUUUUUUAAGGCUAGAGCAAUUAGCUUUUUUUAAAGGUCCACUUUUAAAUGACAAUAGUAAUAAUUUAGAACAAAUGGAAUUGUGUUUUCUUUUGAAGACGUUUCAUUAAUUAUCCGACUGAUGGUGACUCAUGCUUCAGUCAGCCGAAUAUGUUUAUCAUAAUGAACAUGAGGUCAAGUAUCUCAUGGAGGGAAGAUGUUGACUGCAUUUGAAUAACUGAAUCUGUUAGGUGUGAUAAAACUGCCUUGGGAGAGGUGGAAGACUAGAUAUCACACCCUUAAACAUUUAUUCAAGCUUG